AUGCCCUGCAGAUUGGCUAUGUCUUCCAAGCGCAAGGCCACCUCGGCCGUCGAUGAUGCUAGCAAGGCACACAGGGCCUCUAGAGACUCCACCCCGGGGCUAGCCUCGCAGCGCCGCCGUGUUGGCGAUGCCAAGGACGACUCUUGGGAGCCGGAUGAACAGCCCAAUGUGCUCGAUACCGUCAUCGCUCAGAACACCCAGAAAUUCGAUAUCAGUGCUUUCCCAUAUCUCCUUCCGCCAGGGAUUGUGGAUGUAGCUUCGCGCGACUUCCAGCCCGAACAGAAGCGAGACUUCACCGCCCUCAGGCUCAAGCCUGAUCACCACAAUCGGCCGUUGCUGAUUGACGGUUGGGGGAAACUUAUCCUUGAAAGCUUCCAUCCCCUCGCGCCCAAGGUACAAGACUUUCUGAUCACGGUUGCCGAGCCAUUAUCACGCCCAACAUUCAUGCACGAGUAUCGCCUUGCAACCCACAGUCUUUACGCGGCCGUCUCAAUUGGCCUCAGCUCAGACGACGUCAUCAAUACGCUCGGCCGAUUCCUCAAGACCGAAAUGCCACCGAAUGUCGCUGAAUAUGUUCGGCAUUGCGGCAGGAGUUAUGGCAAGGUGAAGAUGGUCUUGAGGGAUAGUAAAUAUUACGUUGAGACCGCGGACCUCGAUGUGCUGCAGAUGCUGCUCAAGGAUCCCAUCAUCGGUCCGUGCCGAGUCCAGACCGUCGAAAAUAUCACUACUGCAAGCGCCCCGACCAUGGCGGGGCUUGCCAUCGCCGGAACCAAAGAGGCUGCCGGCUUGCGUGAAGCUGCAGGUUUAGACAUGGAAGAAUCGAAGCGACCCCAGACAGGGCAGAGGGCAACCACGACGAACGAGGUGUACAAUGUAUUGGCCGAAGAUGAUGGCGAUAAUGACUAUAGUGAACAAGAUGUCGUCCACGCAUUCCAGAUUCAAGAUGACAAGGUCAGCAAGGUUGCAGAGCGGUGUCUGGCAUUACACUAUCCUGCACUCGAGGAGUACGAUUUUCGGAACGACUACAUCAAUGCCAACCUCGAGAUCGACCUGCGACCGGGAACCCAGAUUCGGCCUUAUCAAGAGAAGAGUCUCAGCAAGAUGUUCGGCAAUGGUCGUGCCAAGAGUGGUGUCAUCGUCCUGCCUUGUGGAGCCGGGAAAACUCUAGUUGGCGUCACCGCAGCAUGUACCAUCAAAAAGGGAGUGAUCGUACUGGCCACCAGCAACAUGUCAGUCAUACAAUGGAGAAAUGAGUUUCUAAAAUGGUCCAACAUCGAUCCGGAUAGUAUCGCCAUCUUCUCCUCGGAUAAGAAGUCGGUCUUUACUGGAAACACAGGAGUCAUCAUCACCACCUACUCAAUGGUGACAAAUUCGCGAGAACGUGCUUAUGAGUCGGCUAAGAUGAUGAAAUUCCUUCAGGGUCGGGAAUGGGGCCUUAUGCUUCUAGAUGAAGUCCAUGUCGUCCCUGCCCAAAUGUUUCGAAGAGUUAUCGGUUCCCUCAAAUGCCAUUCUAAGCUUGGUCUAACUGCUACACUCCUCCGAGAAGACGACAGGAUUGAAGAUCUGAAUUUUUUGAUCGGGCCUAAGCUCUACGAGGCCAACUGGAUGGAGCUAUCAGAGCAGGGGCAUAUUGCCAAGGUCCAAUGCGCCGAGGUAUGGUGUCCUAUGCCAACUGAGUUCUAUGAGCAGUACUUGAAUGCUGGAGUACGAGCCCGAUCACUAUUCUGUGUCAUGAACCCACAGAAGUUCCAGGCUUGUCAAUACCUAAUACGGUACCAUGAGAGCCGUGGUGAUAAAAUUAUUGUCUUCUCAGACAAUGUUUACGCCCUUGAAAUCUACGCAAAGAAGUUGAUGAAGCCAUAUCUCUAUGGCGGCACCAGCAACACCGAACGACAGGAAGUCCUGGAUUUUUUCCAAAACUCCCCACAGUGCAGUACUCUCUUCCUCUCUAAAAUCGGCGAUACAUCCCUCGACCUCCCUGAGGCAACUUGCCUUAUCCAGAUCUCUGCACAGUAUGGCUCCCGCCGCCAAGAAGCCCAACGCCUCGGCCGGAUUUUGCGAGCCACACGGCGAAAAGACGAGGGUUUCAACGCCUUCUUCUACUCGCUCGUGUCCAAGGAUACGAACGAGAUGGUCUUCUCGUCCAAGCGGCAGGCCUUUCUUGUGGAUCAGGGCUACUCCUUCAAGAUCAUCACUGAGUUAAAGGACAUGGACAAAAUGCCCGACUUGGAAUUUGGCACGCCCCAAUCCAGGCGCGAGCUUCUGUCCAAAGUUCUUGGCGAUGCCGAGAGCAAGGCGUGGAAGGAUGAAGAGAAGGAGAGCGCGGGCCUCCAGGCGGAUGGGAACAUGUUCUACGGCCCUGACGGCAAGCCGAUGCGCAAGGCACCCAGGUCGGCGAAGAGAACGGCGAGCGCCUUGACGGAUCUCGGUGGUGGGCAGGGCAUGGCUUACGUCGAGCAGGACAGAAGUGCCAACAAGUCAAUCAAGAAGAAGAAGGCCCCGCAAAGUGCUUUCUUCCGAAAAGUUGCAAGAGAAGAGGAGAGGCGACGAAAGUUGCCUUGA